GCGACGAGAGGUGGGUCUGUGAAGGCAGGGAAGAUGCCAGAAGGGGAGAAAAUGAGACAAUGUAAACAAGAAGAGGAGCAGCAGCAAAAAGAAGAGGAGCGGGAGGGUCUCAUCGAAUUCUACAGCUCCUACCAGGAGCUAUUCCAAUUCUUCUGCAGCAACACAACCAUCCACGGGGCUAUCCGCCUGGUGUGCUCCAAAAAGAAUAAGAUGAAGACAGCCUUCUGGUCCGUUCUGUUCUUUCUCACCUUCGGCUUAAUGUACUGGCAGUUCGGGAUCCUCUACAGGGAGUACUUCAGCUACCCUGUCAACCUCAACCUCAACCUGAACUCCGACAGGCUGACUUUCCCGGCCGUGACGCUGUGCACCCUCAAUCCGUACAGAUACAGCGCCAUCCGAAAGCAGCUGGAUAAGCUGGACCAAAUCACUCACCAGACACUGCUAGACCUCUAUGACUACAACAUGUCUCUGCCACAAAGAGACUGGUCCACAUCGUCCACACAAAAGCGUAGCACAAGGAGCCUGCUACAUCAUGUCCAGCGCCAUCCUUUGCGGAGACAGAAGCGGGAUAACUUGGUCAACUUGCCAGAGAACAGUCCCUCAGUGGACAAGAAUGACUGGAAAAUUGGCUUUGUUCUGUGCAGUGAAACAAACGACUGUUUCCAUCAGGCAUACUCCUCAGGAGUGGACGCGGUGCGGGAAUGGUACAGCUUUCACUACAUCAAUAUCCUGGCACAGGUGCCCGAUGCAAAAGCCCUGGACGAGUCUGACUUUGAGAAUUUCAUCUAUGCUUGCCGCUUCAAUGAGGCAACGUGUGACAAGGCGAACUAUACCCACUUCCACCAUCCCUUGUAUGGGAACUGCUAUACCUUUAAUGACAACAGCAGCAGCCUGUGGACAUCCUCACUGCCUGGGAUCAAUAAUGGUCUCUCUCUGGUGGUGCGCACUGAGCAGAACGAUUUCAUCCCUCUGCUGUCCACAGUGACAGGAGCCAGGGUCAUGGUCCAUGAUCAGAAUGAGCCAGCCUUCAUGGAUGAUGGGGGUUUCAAUGUUCGUCCUGGUAUCGAGACCUCCAUCAGCAUGAGAAAGGAGAUGACCAUGCGCCUUGGGGGCAGUUACAGCGAUUGCACAGAGGAUGGCAGUGACGUCCCAGUGCAAAACCUGUACUCAUCCCGCUACACCGAGCAGGUUUGCAUUCGCUCCUGCUUUCAGCUCAACAUGGUAGAACGCUGUGGCUGUGCAUAUUACUUCUAUCCCUUGCCCGAUGGAGCAGAGUACUGUGACUACACAAAGCACACAGCCUGGGGCUACUGCUAUUACAAACUCCUGGCUGAAUUCAAAGCUGAUGUGCUGGGCUGUUUCCACAAGUGCCGGAAACCUUGCAAAAUGACAGAAUACCAGCUGUCAGCUGGAUACUCCCGCUGGCCUUCUGCUGUCUCAGAGGACUGGGUUUUCUACAUGCUUUCACAACAGAACAAAUACAAUAUCACAUCCAAGAGGAAUGGAGUUGCCAAAGUGAAUAUCUUUUUUGAAGAGUGGAACUACAAGACCAAUGGGGAGUCUCCAGCCUUCACGGUAGUGACUCUGCUGUCCCAGCUUGGGAACCAGUGGAGUCUCUGGUUUGGAUCCUCUGUCCUGUCUGUGAUGGAGCUUGCAGAGCUGGUUCUGGAUUUCAUUGCCAUCACCAUUAUCCUGGCAUUCCGCUGGUUCCGCACUCGGCAGAAGCAGUCUCCACCGGGACCCCCUCUGAACAGUCAGGAUAACGCUGCUUUCCAAGAUGAGGCACCAGCUCUCGGUGCUCCACAUCGCUUCACUGUUGAGGCCGUAGUGACCACCCUGCCAUCCUACAACAGCCUGGAACCACGUGGGCCGAGCAGGGAUGGUGAGGUGGGACACGAGUGA